UCAUCUGUUAUUGUUUAUUAUCAGCGCAGAUAUGAACCCUCAUGAAUCGGAGGUGUACACGGUGGCGCCGGAGAUGCCAGCAAUGUUUGACGGCAUGAAGUUGGCGGCGGUGGCCACAGUUCUCUACGUCAUCGUCCGGUGUCUAAACUUGAAAAGUCCCACCGCUCCGCCGGACCUCACUUACCAGGAUACAGCACUUAACCUCUUCCUGCUCAAGUCCUGUCCUAUUCUGACCAAAGAGUACAUUCCUCCUCUACUAUGGGGUAAAAGUGGUCAUCUGCAGACGGCCCUCUAUGGAAAGUUGGGUCGGGUCAGUGCACCACACCCGUUCGGUCUACGCAAAUAUCUGCCCAUGCAGGACGGAGCCACGGCAACCUUUGACCUCUUUGAACCGCUGGCGGGUCAUCAGUCCGGAGAGGACGUCACCAUGGUCAUCUGUCCUGGCAUUGGGAACCACAGUGAGAAGCACUAUAUCCGCACGUUCGUGGAUUAUUCACAGAAACAGGGCUACCGCUGUGCUGUGCUCAAUCACCUCGGGGCCUUGCCGAACAUUGAGCUUACCUCCCCUCGCAUGUUCACCUACGGCUGUACAUGGGAGUUUGCAGCAAUGGUGGGCUUCAUCAAAAAGACGUAUCUCCAGACCAAACUUAUCGUGGUGGGCUUCAGUCUGGGGGGGAAUAUCGUGUGCAAGUUCCUGGGAGAGAACCGUACCAACCAGGAGCGGGUUCUGUGCUGUGUGAGCGUGUGCCAGGGCUACAGUGCACUAAGGGCUCAGGAGACGUUUCUGCAGUGGGACCAGUGCCGUCGUUUCUAUAACUUCCUGAUGGCCGACAACAUGAAGAAGAUCAUUUUGUCUCACAGGAGCGUGUUAUUCGGAGUGGGCUCCACUAAAAUGGUGGACACGGAUCUGAGCCGGCUUUACACUGCCACAUCUCUUAUGCAGAUCGAUGACAACAUCAUGAGAAAAUUCCAUGGGCACAACUCUCUGAAGGAGUACUACGAGAAGGAGAGCUGUGUUCAUUACAUUCAUAAUAUAAAUGUGCCUCUUCUGCUGGUGAACUCUGGUGACGAUCCGCUCGUGCACAACUCACUGCUCACCAUCCCUCGCACACUCGCAGAAAAGAAAGAAAACGUGAUCUUCGCUCUGACGCUGCACGGGGGACAUCUGGGUUUCUUCGAGGGCGCAGUGCUGUUCCCUCAUCCCCUCACCUGGAUGGACAAGGUCAUCGUGGGCUACGCAAAUACCAUCUGCCAGUGGGAGAAACAGAAACCCCCGUGCCUAAGUCAAGGCGCCCAUUCCAUCGAAACCAAAUGCCAAGACAGUAAAUCCUAACCGAUCCUGUCUCCGUUUCACCUCCACGGGACAUUUUCACCAUGCACACGAGGGGUCGGACCACCAACUCCAAGCAUUCACUGUCAGUGGGAAUAUUUGUUUCUCUCUUUUUAUCACGGUUUAUCACCUACAUAAAUCGUAACGACUUUCCAAGGGAGGAAACAAUGCCACUCGAUGACCAAAAUACAAUCAAAGAACCCGUGUAGCGAAGGCGGCGUUUUAGAUUUACUGUAGUUUGUAGUUAAGAGAAAAUCAGUAUCUCUCGCUCUCGAACUAGGACACUGAAAGCUGAAAGUUUAUCACUGCUAAAACAAGAUCUGGCAGAGCUGGGUGAAUCUCAC